UCUCUAUAGUCCCCAUUCCCGUUGACUUGUCUUGUCAUUGUCUUGUGCUUCCAUGCCAUAGCCCUUUCCUGCUUGAUCUUUGGCCUCAUUUCCCUCUUUCCAAGACCCUCUCUCACUCACACUUGUCUGAAAACUUCGCUCUCUCUCUUCUCUCGCUCGCCGUGGGUUCUGUGUCAGUGAAUUAUCUAGCUUUGAGUCCAAGAGGUUGCAGUUUGUUGCAGAGCUGUGGAAUUGUGGGAUCAAGCACCGGGCGGGUCUACGUGACGUGGUGUGCUGAACUGGAUCGUGCUUGCAAAGGAGGGCUGUGUCCAGGGGUAUUCGUUGUAGUUCGAUUUUCGGCACCAUUUCGAGAAGGUCUAGAGCUGUGGUCGUCGCAGGUGGUUGGUGUGUGGGUCACCGGAGAGUGACCGAGUUGUGAAUUGUAGCUAGAUGCCUGCCAUGAGUUUAGUUGCGGGGGGACGAAAUGGUGGCGAGCAGGUGCAAUGCGGUGGCCCUAUAAAGGGUUGCGGCAAGCCGUUACCCAGAGUUGGAAGGAAAUCAGCUUGUGCGGCACCGGGUACUUACCCACCGGCACCGACGUGCCCCGGGGAUGCAAUGCAGUGGCACUGCCAUGGGGCUAACUACGAGGAGCUUGUCUCGAAUUUGCAGAAUCGUGGAAUUUUGACUUCGUUGGAUGCGGCGGCUGCAAUGUCCAAGGUCGACCGGAAGUUGUUCGUGCCAACCACGGGCUUCGCUUACAACGACGUCCCUCAGGUCAUCGGAUAUGGGGCGACAAUCUCUGCUCCUCACAUGCAUUCCCAUUGCCUUUCUUUGCUGGCGGAUUUCGCAAAACCGGGCAUGUCAGUUCUCGAUGUCGGCUCCGGAUCUGGCUACCUGACGGCUGUCUUUGGCCUCAUGGUUGGAGAGACUGGUCGAGUCAUUGGGGUUGAGCACAUUCAAGAACUCGCUGAAAGAUCAAUCGAUGCUAUCAAGGAGACACCGGCGGGUGAGCUCAUGGACAAAGGGAGAAUCGUUGUACAUGUUGCCGAUGGAAAGCUUGGCAAUGAAGAGGGCGCACCCUAUGAUUGCAUUCACGUCGGUGCUGCUGCUCCAGAACUUCCUGAAGCUCUCGUGCAACAACUAAAACCUGGAGGUCGAAUGGUCAUUCCACUGGGAACAGAUAACCAGGAUUUGGUGAUUAUCGACAAACUGCCGGAUGGAUCGAUCAAGAAGACCAUAGAGAUGGUUGUCCGAUACGUGCCUCUCAUCUAGAAGCGGAGAUUUUUUUUGCCGAAGACGUGUACUCACCCUCACCGUCAACAGUAUGCAUUCUAUUCUAAAGCAAUUCUGAUCCUAUAAAGCUACUAGGUCCAACACGGUUCACAUACUCUCUUCUGAAAUUAAUUAAGAAGCUAUGAUCGCCUCGGCCCAAUAAUAUAAAUACUUCUAAACAUUGAUAGUGGCAGAUCACAGCAAUCUGAACUUCUAGCUCUACCAUUCCCUGGCUGGAUGAUCCACUGCAACAUUCCCUCACAACUCUGCAGUUCCUAAAGUCUCUCAGCUGUAAAUUAGACUCCUUCCAUGCCACCCAUGGGACAGUUUUUACGGUUGUGAGCUGCAAAUUUCGCUGACGACACUCCCUUGAAAUCAAUAAAGACUACUAGUCACUCAUUCACACCUUCUA